CUUCCGCCCCCGUGCGGGCUUCCCUCUGGCCAGUCGCGCGUGGGCUGAGGCCCUGGGCGGGCGUUGCGAAGGCUUGUUUGUUUGAACGCUGACCCCGGGGCGGUCCGGAGUUCUCUACCUCGGGGGUGGAGGGUGCAGACCCCCUACCUAAGGUGAAUGUACUGUCUCGUGGACUGCUAAGGGCAGGUUGGGGAGCACGGGGGCGGGGGCCGCGGCCAUGAACUCACCCGUGGACCCCGGCGCUAGGCAGGCGCUGAGGAAGAAGCCUCCCGAGCGGACCCCUGAGGAUUUAAAUACUAUUUAUUCUUAUCUUCAUGGAAUGGAAAUACUAUCAAAUCUCAGGGAGCAUCAGCUCAGAUUAAUGUCUGCAAGAGCACGCUAUGAGAGAUACAGUGGCAAUCAAAUUCUUUUUUGUUCAGAAACUGUUGCCAGAUGUUGGUAUAUCCUGCUUUCUGGAUCUGUGCUUAUGAAAGACUCCAUGGUCUUGCCUCCUUGCAGUUUUGGUAAGCAGUUUGGAGGAAAAAGAGGAUGUGAUUGUCUUGUAUUAGAGCCUUCAGAAAUGAUUGUGGUGGAGAAUUCCAAAGAUAAUGAAGAUAGUAUUCUACAAAGAGAAAUACCUGCCAGACAAUCUCGACGAAGGUUUCGGAAAAUUAAUUAUAAAGGAGAGCGUCAAACUAUUACUGAUGAUGUGGACAUUAACAGCUAUCUUUCUCUUCCGGCCGAUCUUACCAAGAUGCACAUCACAGACAACCCUCAUCCACAGGUGACUCAUGUGUCUUCUAGUCAGUCUGGUUGUAGCAUCGCCAGUGACUCUGGGAGCAGCAGUUUAUCUGAUAUCUAUCAGGCUACGGAAAGUGAAGUAGGAGAUGUAGAUUUAACACGUCUUCCAGAAGGACCUGUUGAUUCUGAAGAUGAAGAAGAGGAAGAUGAAGAGAUAGAUCGAACAGAUCCACUGCAGGGACGAGAUCUUGUUCGAGAAUGUCUUGAGAAAGAACCUGCAGACAAAACUGAUGAUGAUAUUGAACAAUUAAUGGAGUUUAUGCACCAGCUCCCUGCUUUUGCAAACAUGACCAUGUCUGUAAGGAGAGAACUCUGCACAGUGAUGAUUUUUGAAGUGGUCGAUCAGGCUGGAGCUAUUAUUCUUGAAGAUGGGCAAGAGCUUGACUCAUGGUAUGUUAUUUUAAACGGCACUGUAGAAAUCACUCAUCCAGAUGGAAAAGUUGAAAAUCUCUUUAUGGGAAAUAGUUUUGGAAUUACUCCCACUCUGGAUAAGCAGUACAUGCAUGGAGUUGUUAGAACUAAAGUAGAUGAUUGUCAGUUUGUCUGCAUAGCCCAGCAGGAUUAUUGGAGAAUUUUAAAUCAUGUGGAGAAAAAUACCCAUAAAGUUGAGGAAGAGGGAGAAAUUGUUAUGGUACAUGAGCACCGUGAACUAGAUCGGAGUGGAACCAGGAAAGGACACAUUGUAAUCAAGGCAACACCUGAGCGUCUCAUCAUGCAUUUAAUAGAAGAACAUUCUAUUGUGGACCCAACUUAUAUAGAAGAUUUCCUACUAACUUACAGGACAUUUCUUCAAAGUCCUUUGGAUGUUGGGAUCAAACUGUUGGAAUGGUUUAAAAUUGACAACUUACGGGAUAAGGUAACACGGAUUGUGUUAUUAUGGGUAAAUAAUCAUUUUAAUGAUUUUGAAGGUGAUCCUGCUAUGACUCAAUUUCUGGAGGAAUUUGAAAAAAAUCUGGAAGAUACAAAAAUGAAUGGUCAUCUCCGGUUAUUAAAUAUUGCCUGUGCUGCAAAGGCCAAGUGGAGACAGGUGGUAUUGCAGAAGGCUUCCCGAGAGUCCCCUCUGCAUUUCAGCCUUAAUGGAGGGAGUGAGAAGGGGUUUGGUAUUUUCGUUGAAGGAGUAGAACCUAGUAGCAAAGCUGCUGAUGCUGGACUGAAACGUGGUGAUCAGAUAAUGGAAGUAAAUGGACAAAACUUUGAAAAUAUUACAUUUGUGAAGGCCCUUGAAAUUCUAAGGAAUAAUACUCAUCUUGCACUUACUGUGAAGACCAACAUUUUUGUGUUCAAAGAGUUACUUAGUAGGACUGAACAAGAAAAAUCUGGUAUUCCUCAUAUUCCUAAAAUUGCUGAAAAAAAAAGUAAUCGCCAUUCAAUCCAGGAUGUACCAGGAGAUAUUGAACACACAUCACAGGAGAAAGGAAAUAAGAAAAUAAAAGCAAACACUGUUUCAGGUGGAAGAAACAAAAUCAGGAAAAUUUUGGAUAAAACACGGUUUAGUAUCUUACCUCCAAAACUGUUUAGUGACGGAGGCCUGAGCCAAUCACAAGACGACAGCAUUGUGGGAACAAGACACUGCAGGCACAGUCUGGCUAUAAUGCCUAUUCCUGGAACACUCUCAUCUAGCAGCCCUGAUCUCCUGCAGCCGACCACCAGCAUGUUGGAUUUUUCUAAUCCUUCAGAUAUUCCUGAUCAAGUUAUAAGAGUUUUCAAAGCAGAUCAACAGAGUUGCUACAUUAUCAUCAGUAAAGACACUACAGCUAAAGAAGUUGUUUGUCAUGCUGUUCAUGAAUUUGGUUUGACGGGUGCGUCCGACACAUAUUCUCUCUGUGAAGUUUCUGUUACUCCUGAGGGUGUCAUAAAACAGAGAAGACUUCCAGACCAGUUCUCCAAAUUAGCUGAUAGAAUUCAGCUCAAUGGAAGGUAUUAUUUAAAGAAUAACAUGGAAACAGAAACCUUAUGUUCAGAUGAAGAUGCUCAAGAACUAGUUAAGGAAAGCCAGCUCUCCAUGCUGCAGCUCAGUACCAUUGAGGUGGCCACUCAGCUGUCAAUGAGGGACUUCGAUUUGUUUCGUAAUAUUGAGCCUACUGAAUACAUUGAUGACCUUUUUAAAUUAGAUUCCAAAACAGGAAAUACUCACUUGAAAGAGUUUGAGGACAUUGUUAACCAGGAGACAUUCUGGGUUGCCUCAGAGAUUUUAACUGAAUCCAAUCAGCUGAAACGAAUGAAGAUUAUUAAGCAUUUUAUUAAAAUUGCUCUUCAUUGUCGAGAAUGUAAGAACUUCAAUUCCAUGUUUGCCAUAAUAAGUGGCCUGAACCUGGCAUCUGUAGCACGACUCAGAGGUACUUGGGAAAAAUUACCAAGCAAGUAUGAGAAACACCUCCAAGAUCUACAAGACCUUUUUGAUCCAUCUAGAAACAUGGCAAAAUACAGAAAUAUUCUUAGUAGUCAAAGCAUGCAGCCUCCAAUUAUUCCACUCUUCCCUGUUGUCAAGAAAGAUAUGACAUUUCUCCAUGAAGGAAAUGACUCCAAAGUAGAUGGUUUAGUGAAUUUUGAGAAGCUAAGAAUGAUUGCCAAAGAAAUCCGCCAAGUUGUUCGAAUGACUUCUGCUAACAUGGACCCAGCUAUGAUGUUUCGGCAGAGGAAGAAGAGGUGGCGGAGUCUGGGGUCACUGAGUCAAGGCAGCACAAACUCGAACAUGCUGGAUGUUCAGGGAGGUGCACACAAAAAAAGGGCACGUCGCAGCUCUCUGCUUAAUGCCAAGAAACUAUACGAGGAUGCCCAAAUGGCAAGAAAAGUAAAGCAGUAUCUUUCCAGUCUGGAUGUAGACACAGAUGAGGAAAAGUUUCAGAUGAUGUCAUUGCAGUGGGAACCUGCCUAUGGUACCUUGACCAAGAAUUUAAGUGAGAAAAGAUCAGCCAAAUCAUCAGAAAUGUCUCCAGUGCCUAUGAGAUCGGCAGGUCAAACAGCUAAAGCCCAUUUGCAUCAGCCCCACCGAGUAAGCCAGGUGCUCCAAGUGCCAGCUGUUAAUUUGCACCCCAUCAGGAAGAAGGGACAAGCCAAAGACCCUGCCACAUUAAAUACAAAUUUACCUCAGAAAGUUUUAGGAACUGAAGAAAUAAGUGGUAAGAAACAUCCAGAAGAUACUAUCUCUGUAGCAUCCUCUUUACAUUCUAGUCCUCCUGCAUCUCCUCAAGGUUCCCCUCGCAAAGGUUAUACACUUACACCGUCAGCUAAAUCUGACAACUUGUCUGACUCCAGCCAUAGUGAAAUUUCUUCACGAUCCAGCAUCGUGAGCAAUUGUUCUGUUGACUCCAUGUCUACAGCUCUGCAGGAUGAACGAUGUUCUUCACAGCCUGUGGCAGUCCCUGAAUCCACUGGGCCUUUGGAAAAGACAGAACACUCCUCAGGGAUAGGAGAUCAUACUCAGCUUGGCCCUGGGUGGGCGCUGUCAAAACCAUCUCUUGUCAAGAGUUUAGCUGUCUCCUCUUCUAUGAGUAAUGAAGAGAUUUCCCAUGAGCACGUCAUUUUAGAAGCAGCAGAUAGUGGUCGUGGAAGUUGGACUUCCUGUUCAAGCAGUUCCCAUGACAACUUCCAAAGCCUUCCAAACCCAAAAGGCUGGGAUUUUUUAAACGCUUAUCGACAUACCCAUUUGGAUGGCCCCAUUGCUGAAGUUGAACUACCUGACUGUGAGCCCUAUUCCUGCCCUAAAGGCUGCUCUAGAACUUGUGGUCAGUGUAAAAGAAACCUAGAGACUAAUCAGAUGAGACAGAGUUGGGCCUCCUCCAGUUCUCUGUCUGAUACAUAUGAACCAAACUAUGGAACAGUUAAACGGAGAGUGUUGGAGAGCAUCGCACCUGAGUCCUCUGAAGGCUUGGACCCCAAGGAUGGCACUGAUCCAGUUUAUAAAACUGUUACUUCAAGUACAGAAAAGGGCCUGAUUGUGUACUGUGUCACCUCACCCAAGAAGGAGGAUAGGUAUAGGGAGCCACCUCCCACUCCUCCAGGAUACAUGGGGAUUUCUUUAGCGGACCUAAAGGAAGGACCCUGCCUACACCUAAAACCUCCAGAUUAUAGUGUGGCAGUGCAGAGGUCAAAGAUGAUGCAUGACAGCCUCUCUAGACUGCCACCAGCCUCUCUCGGUAGCAGCCCCGUGGCCUGUGUUCCGUCGAAGAUUGUAACUCAGCCUCAGAGGCAGAUUUUGCAGCCGUCCCAUCCUAAGCUAGCAGAUGUGACUGAUGCAGAUAGCGAAGCAGAUGAAAAUGAACAGGUCUCAGCAGUGUAGCCUUUGGAGGACCCAUUGGAAGUGUACCAGAAGCCGUCGAGGAAGGAGUGGGCAGAACCACCUCAUGAUUCCGCAGGCCAUUGUUGCCAACGAACAGCUUGCUGCUGCUGCUAACCCAGAGGUCUCGUUCCCUGUACUCUGAGCGAUGACCUAGCUCUGAAUCAUGCUUCCUUUUAUUGAAUCCUUGCAGAUGCAGUUUCCUCAGCUACGGAUGUUGUGCCUGGAAACCAGUUUUUACUUUGCAUACCAGACCUGCCUUGGGACCACAGUUACUAGAACAGAUGCAAACUUGGGAGUCCUCCCUAUGUAUAUCAGUAUACAUUUUUCUUAAACCAAAUUAUUUUUAAGAUAGUAGUUUAGUAUUAUUUCCAAGCCAUAGCUUGGGUUAACGGACAAAUUUAAAAUGUCUGCCAUUACCAAGGAUAUUCUUGUGCAUUUGAAAAGUAACUUAUUAUUUGAAGUUUUGUGGUUUUCUUCGUUUUGGGGAGCUGUCAUUAGCAGAUGUUUAGGUUUGAGGUCAUAAAACUGUCUGGUCUGAUCAAACUGAAGUCAUCUUUACCGGAUGAUAUGCUUAAUCUAGACAGAUGAACUUGAUCUGUAACUCCAGUGCAAUGUAGGGUCUCCAUUUGAGUGGGAUAGGAAGCCCUUUGUGGUUGAGGUGUUUGGAAGAUACUGCCCUCGGCUGAUUUAGAAGGCCAGCUGAAGCUGCCACAGGGUUUCUUCUCAGUCCUUUGGGACAGGGAGGCUCUGACUGGGGGGGUAGCCACCCUCAUCUCCAAAGAAUGAAAUUUUUUCUCAAAAGAAAAUGUAUACCAAUCCCUUCUGAAGUGAAAGUUAUGCUGUAUCUAACUAAAAGUAUAAAUCCAUUAAGUAGAGAAUGGGUUCAGUAGAGUUCUACAAAAUCCAAAACAAAAAUUUUUGACUGCUCAAAUGUGGAGUUCUUUCCAAAGGAAAUGUAAUCAUUGGUCUGUAACCAUGGAGAUGAAUUCAGCUGCGUAUAUGUUCUGCAGCCGCCCCUGCACCCCAUCUCAGCGUGAGGCUGUGUUCAACCCUGACCAAUGCUGCAGCCCCCAGCUGCCGGCAAGAAAGUUCAUGAGCACACCGAGGUGAUAAGUGGUUGAAAAUUUUAGGGGGGACGAAGGAGCUAGAAUUGUGGGAAUGAUUCUCUUACUGUACUCAGUUUAGCCCUUGAGAGGAAAGAGAUACAUAUUUUUAAUAGCCUAUUGGGCAUGGCGCUCCUAAGUAUUAAAAUUUCAGUGACUAUUUACUGGAUGAUCUAGACUUUCCACAUUUUUACUAAUUAAAUACAGUGUUUUCUAUAUCUUGAGUUUAAAUUUUAUCAUUUGUUUUUUAAUGUAAAUGUGAGAGCUUAAUAAACUUCUGUUAUGACUACCAAAAAAAGAAAAAACAAGAAAAAGGAAAAAAAGCCAAAGCCAUUUGUGUGCACUACCCAGAUUAACAUGGAGCCAAAAUGGGUUUACUUCUGAGUAGUCGUCCAUAUGUGAAUUUAUAGGAUUUAGCUCGUUUGUGAUUUCCUUAAGAGUUCUCAUUUUUCCCUAGCUAUCUCUUCCCUCUCUCAUUUUCUCGCAGUCCCCUUCAGUUUUUGUUUGUUUGUUUGUUUUUUUAAAUAGUAGGCUCCACGCCUGCAUGGGGCUUGAACUUGUGACCCUGGGAUAAAGAGUCACGUGCUCUACCGACUGAGCCAGCUAGGGGCACACCCUACCCCCCCCAUCCCCUUCAUUUUUGAAAUCAUAAUUCAUUUCCCAAGUGGUCAAUGGGAGUAGUCUAUGUUUUCCUUCAAAAUGACUGUCUCUUCAUUUUAGGAAAAAUAGCCUAUCUGAAAAAUUCCUUUGGGCACGAAAACCCCAUGAAUUUGAAACUUUAUUAAAGCCUUAAAAAUCCACCUGCCAAGUAUGUUAGAAAGAGGCUAAUUGACUCUGUAGCUUUCUUGUUCCAUUGACAUGGAAAGUGGCCUGGAUCAAAAAUCCUGGUUUGAAAGUCAUACUGUCGUGAUUUAACCUAAGAACACUGGUCCUCUGAUCACAGAAAAUGUCCCUUCAUUGAUUUACGUAAUAGUGUUUUCAUGUCCAGGGUAAAACAAAAGAAAACGAAACAUACUUCUGUUAUAGUUCUCUUUGUGUCAAGUUUGGUUAUAUAUUCUUAUUAUUUUAUAUCCAUUACCCC